AGACAAGGCAGUGCUUUCCAGUGUUCGGUUGCGAUCUUUCGCGAUGGACCUUGAGACCUGCAAGAUCAAGCAGACGCAGGCAACGGCUUGGGGCAACGGCGCUGAGCUGUACGCUGCCAAUUUACAUGAAGGUUCCGGAAUCAUGAUGCCUCUGAUAGCUGCUUACGCUGAGACGGCGAGGGCGGAGGUGAAAGGCAACCCACUGAUCCUUGACGUUGCCAGCGGGACUGGGGAGCCUGGGAUCUCAUUGGCCAGGCAAUUCCCGAACGGCAGCGUGAUUAUGACUGACCUAGCCGAUGGCAUGAUCGCGGGAGCCAAGGGACGUGCGGAACGCCUUUCAGUUAAAAACGCCAGCUUUGAUGUGGCGGACGCAGAGGACUUGAGUCAAUUCAAAGAUGCCACCUUUGACGUGGUGACGUGCAACUGCGGCCUGAUGUUCAUGCCAAACUACGAGAGGGCCCUGGCAGAGUUCCGGCGAGUGCUGAAGCCAGAUGGGCUGGCGUUAAUGUCGGCGUGGGGUCUGCCGGAGCACACGCAGCUCAUCUCGCUGAUGCUGGGCAUGCAAGCGGCCGUUGCGCCAAAUGACAGCUUGUUUGCAGACCCCAACAUCCUAGGAAGCCGCGAGAAGCUGGUGCACGCCGUGGAGCGGGCGGGGUUCAGCAAUGUCUCCUGCAGGGAAGUCAAUGUUCCCAUGCACAUCCCCGCGGACAAGGUGCGGGUUGCGCUGGUGCAGAAUCCUCUGAUUCGCCGAAUGGCUGGAGCGGCUGAUUGAGAGAGGAGAGACUGAUGCGGCUGACCGCGCACAUGCCACUUUAUUGGAUGAUGCAGCCAGAAAGGGGUUCUUGCAAGAGGAUGGCACCAUCCAGUGCCCAACCAACAUCGCCCUCUUCAUCACUGCGCGCCCCUGAUGGGAUUUUGUGGUGCUUGGUGGACAUGUUGGCCCCACACUGGGGCCAACAUGUCAAACAGGAAAUUUGACCAAUUGAACUUUAAAGAAUUUCUGCGCUUGAUGAUGCCGUUUGCAGUUUGCAGUGGUUGAUGUGGGAUAUGUGUGGAAGGGCCCGGCCAAGCACAAUCAUAUCUGCCCAACGUUUCUAAGAUAAAAUGAUAUAAUCUACCAAAUAUCGAAUAAAUCGCUAUUACAUUAGGAAAAUGUCUUCAGAACAGGCCGCAUGCAUAUGUGUAUUAGCCACUUGUCGUUAAAUUCCUUGUUGCAAAAGAAGACGCGAGAGGAGCCAAUAGCAUGCAAUGACCUGAUGUUGCC